CCUUCUUCCUCUCUUCUCUCUCUCGGCAUCAGCCAUGGCGGUUUCUAUCUUUAUCCCUCCAAAACCUCCUUUCUAGAGACCCCUCUCUCGAUUCCGCCUUCUCAUCUCCUGUAAACCUCGCCCAACGUUUCUUCAUCACCGGUUUAUGUAAUUCCGUUUCCGAGGUUUCAAAAUUUUCCUCGAUUUUGAUGGCAAUUGUGACGGGAGAUCGGUAUGUUGAGAAGCUGCAGAAGUUUCUAGAGGAUGAAGCCGAGUCGCUUCUCGAAGAAACCAUAAUUCUCAAGCUUAACCCAGCUGGUCUUCACUAUGUUCAUCUCCGCCUUGAGUCUCUCCGUGAGCUCGAGAGCAUGCUCUCUGGUGCUCCUGUUGACUACCUUCGCGCUUACGUUGCCGACCUCGGUGACUACCGUGCACUCGAGCAGCUGCGUCGUAUCCUCCGGAUCCUCACUUCACUUAAGGUCGUUUCCACGCUUCCUUGGCCUUCUCGUGAUCCCACGCCGUUAUCUCUUAUUCCCUUUGGUAGGCUUAAGGUUUUAGAGCUUCGUGGCUGUGAUUUGUCCACUUCUCCGGCCAAGGGCUUGCUCGAGCUUCGCCACACCCUGGAGAAGAUCAUCUGCCAUAACUCCACCGAUGCGUUGCGGCAUGUGUUCGCAAGUAGGAUUGCUGAGAUAACGAAUUCGCAAGAGUGGAAUAAGUUGGCGGUCAUAUCAUGUUCUUGUAACCGUCUUGUGCUCAUGGAUGAGUCCUUGCAGCUUCUGCCGGCUGCUGAGUCGCUUGAUCUGAGCCGAAACAAGUUUGCAAAGGUGGAUAAUCUUAGGAGAUGCACCAAACUGAAGCACCUUGAUCUUGGUUUCAAUCAUCUUAGAACAGUCUCUCACUUGAGUCAGGUACCCUGUCAUCUUGUAAAACUUGUUUUGAGGAACAACGCUCUAACUACAUUGCGUGGGAUUGAGAACUUGAAGUCACUCGAAGGCCUUGAUGUUUCCUACAAUAUUAUUUCAAACUUUUCAGAAUUGGAGUUCCUUUGGAGUCUUUCACUACUGAAAGAAUUGUGGCUGGAAGGAAAUCCAUUUUGUUGUGCUCGAUGGUACAGGGCACAUGUCUUCAGCUACAUUGCUCUUCCAGAGGAUUUGAAGCUAGAUGGCAAAAAGAUAGGAACUAGAGAAUUUUGGAAGAGGCAAAUCAUUGUAGCCCAUAGGCGAAGUGAGCCUGCCAGCUACGGAUUCUAUUAUCCAGCUAGAGAGGGAGGUAAUGAAGAAGGAAACUGUGAUAGAAAAACGAAAAAGAUCUGCCGUGUCGCUUCUAUUGAUAGCACUUACAUGAAUUCUGACCAAGAGGCAGUUUCAAGUGAUCACGAGAACAAAGAAAAUGUGAAGUGUGAUCAAGAGGCUGAUAUAUCUGGUCUUAUAAGGAAAGUUGAAAACAUGAAGAAAGAACGGUCUGUUCUGUGGUUGCGAGAGUUCAAGGAGUGGAUUGAUCAUUCAUCAGAGGAUUUCGCAAAUGUCAGCAAAGACAGCAAUAUGGAAAAGCAGUACCUUAAAAAGACUAGUGAACUCCCAAGGAAGCAUGGUGGAACACCAAGAUAUGCGUCCAAGUCUCUACGAGCUUCAAGAGAUAAGGCCUAUAGGAAAAGUUUGGAAUGCAAUGGUUCAUACGUGGAUCAUAAAAACGGUCUGGAUCAUGUGAAGUACGUUGAAGGUAACGAGACACAGAAGAUAAAUGAUGACAUCUCUUCAUUAGAACCUCGAAGUACAAUUCAAAAUCAGAAGUAUCAGGAAUAUUUAGAUGAUGAGAAGGAAUCUGUGUCAGUUGAACCAAACAACCUGAUUUCUGCAGCACCUCCCAUGGAGAAGUUAGCUGAAAUGGGAAAUAUGUCAACAUUUGAUAUAAGCCAGGAUAUGAUGGCAUCAUUUUCCUCAUCAACAUAUCCUGGGUCACCCCCUCAUUAUCAGAAAGAUGUCUUAUAUCGACGUCACAGCUUGGUAGAAGAAAUCUUGCAGCUUUCUGCAGAUUCUUAUUCAGUGGAAUCAUCUGAUAGCACAAGCAGCUGCAGUGAAGAUGCUAACUAUGACUCUGAGUCUGAGUAUUCGAAUCAUGAAGACGGUCGGUUGACAGAUCUUCUUAAUAUGAAUAGGCUAGGGGAGGACGUUCCGGUAUGUGAACCAAAAGUAACAAGCUCUCUUGAUUCUCAACCAAAGAAUGGUAGCAUAAUAAAAACUUUGAGGGCUGGUGAAUCGGUGAAGGAGAAUACCACUAACAUUCUUUCGGAAUUGCAUAAUGGUGAACUUGAUUCUGGUGUUAAUCAGAUUGACCAUUUGGUUGAUACAAGGAAAAGCAAAAGGAAGCCUAUAAAAAGAUUUGUUUCCUUUCAGAAAGAGGAAAGUUCUAAUACUAAUGAAGAGACAUCUCUGAGGAGUGAUGCAGAUAUUUGUUUUUUUGGUGAAGAGGGGUCUAUUUCUAAUCAAUUGCAGGAAAGUUCCCUGUCAACUGUUUGUAGUAGUAGUAAUAGCAAUAUUAGAUUUAUGGGGACUGAAAACGCACAUGAAGGAAAAAGAGAUUUGGUUGAGGGAUAUUUUCCAGCAAAACUGUCAGAAGCCAGUUCUCAAGAAACUUGUAGGACGUACAUGAGUUGUGAUUUUAUACUACAGAAAGGUUCCACGUACGAGCAACGGGAAGUAGUGUUGCUGCUGAGUAGCCUAGACAAGCUGUACGUGCUACUCCUGGGUGUGUCUACUGAUUGUCAAGGGAGCACCUUGAGUUUACUGUAUUCCUAUGGAAUCAACGAUUUACAAGAUGUUUCAGUUGGUCUUGGACUUCAGCUUGUGAGGCUACGUUUUUGGGAGGAUGCAGGAUUCAUUUUUGUUACGAAGUGCAUUGAGAAAACAACAGAAUUACUCAAUAUCAUACACGUUUAUCCCCAGGCUACAGAAGUUAAAUUUCCUCUGCAAAGUCUGGAGAAUAUUCAGGUGGACUUGUUUGAGAAAGAAAUAUGUAGAUGUAUGAAGCUGAGUAUAUUCCAGUACAAUGUUCUCCGUUUUCAGAGCAGCACUGGUGGAGAAGUGUCGUGGCGUUGGCGGUCGCUAUUUGUGGCUGGUGGGCGUCUCUUUAUAUGCAAUGAGGACUUCACACAACUUUGUUCUCGAACAUCAUAUACCUCUUCUGCUCCAUAUUUCUUGCUUGACUCGUGUUGCUCCAUUUCUGAUAUAUCUGAGACGAUCGUUGAAUCGCAAGGCGGGAUUGUGUCUUUGAAGAUCAAAGAGAACAAAAGAGUGGAUUCAGUUGCAUGGAAGCUAGAGUGGUGCAACCCUGAGAAUGCACUCAAGUUUGUGUCUUUGCUCAAAGCUCUUCACCCUGAUUCGCCACAAUGCCCGUUGGCUGUAAGAUACAGGAGAUAAGCCUUUGUUUCCCUUUUUUUCGUUUGGCUUUGCCGGUCAUUUUCUCUAUGUAGUUAUGUAUAUAACUCACGUACAUUGUUUAUAUUCAUUUGGUUCAAUUUGUUUAUGGGUUAAAAUCAUCUCUUUUGUGCCUUUCUUUCCGUUUGUAGUAACAGAGUGUGAUUUUAAACCGCUUAAAAUGGUAUUUUGUGCACGCA